GAAUCAACAAACUUCACUUUAAGAACGAAACAUUUGAGCUCAGAAUCGUUGGAAAAAAUGGUUCAGAGACGUCGUUCUACUUUCAGAUGUCGCAUCGAUCCGACUGUAAACGUCUCUGGAGAUGUUGUGUUGAACAUCACGCGUUCUUCAGGAUGUCAGAGUCCAAUCCAUUAACAUGCAAACUGAAACACAACAGUUUUGCUCGUUCGCCCACUCUGACUCUUCCUCGACUGAACGUUGGGCUUCUGAGAAACAAAACUAUGAACAACAAGACAACAACAACAGAUCGGAGGCCAAAACGUCACAUCUCCGCCUCCUCUCCUCCAGCCAAUCAGAUAGCGAGUGCCCCCAAUGAACCAAUGACUAUGCAGACAGCGCCCCCUGCUGUUCAGAGGUCAGAGGGCGGGGCAGAGCGGGCUCACGUGAAGCCCAGUGCACCAUGGGAAAACAGUGGUCCUCAGAGCGGCCUCUUCAACCCAAAAUUUCCACCAAACACCAAAGAAGAAGAAGAAGGUGGAGAACGACCUCAGAGGCGGAGCAGAAGUCUGGACGGAGAUCGACCAAUCUGGCGGAGGGGGGGGAGGUCUCGUUCCCGUGGCAACACGAGCAGCGGCAGCGAAUCACAGAACACCACAAGUCAAGGAGAAGAACGCAGAAGAAGAAAAAAGAACCGCGAUCGCCAUGGUGACCGGAGGCGGGAUUCCAGAUCGAAGCAACUGACAGAGCCCGACGAUUUGAUUGACAGACAAACGGAGGAAAUACCUAAUAAGGAAGUGAGAGUUUUGGGGGAGCCAAUCAGAACCCGCCGUUCUCCAAGGGGGCAGCAACAUGGUCGGUGGGUGUCGGCUUCAGACCUCCAUUCUAAGGUGGAACUGGUUCCUCCUCUUCCUGUUACCAAGGCAACCGACACUUCCUUCCGAUUACCCACAAGUCCUUGAGGCAGCCGCCAAACUCAACAGUUUUACAUUUCUCUCCUCAUUUUUUCCCUGUAAAUCAUUUAGCCGUUAGUGCUAAACGUGUUCACUGUCGAUUAGCACGUAGCUAACCAGGAAGUUAGGCUCUAAGUGAGGUGGCCAGGUGACCUAAUCAUGACCAACGUUCAGCCUUAAUAUAAUUUAAAUUGGUGAGUUAUAAUAAAAAUCUAUAGCUGCUGGUGAGGAAAACACCAUCUUCACGAGGUAUUAAUUAGAAAGAUGUGCUUUAUUUCCUCAGAGAAGGAUUGUAGAACAAAACCGUCUAUUUGUGACCAAGAAAGAACGUAAUAUACAAUAUAUUCAGUCUUUGUGGAGUUAUAUUUAAAGCAGCAAUCUAAGACAUUCAGAUCAUGUGCCUUUUAGUGCAUGUGAGCGGGCAUUUUAGUGUAUGUUAGUGCAUGUGAGCAUUACAGCCGAUAACGGCGUCCAGAAUGACAGCGUUGCCUUGGAAACGUAGCACCCCUCCCCCCCAGGUUAGCUACAAGCCGCGCCGCCAUGAUGAGAGCCGUUGAGAGACAACAGAAAUACUCCCAAAUCACGUGUUAUACACCUUUAAACGAGCUCCACCAGCAGCUUACUGCUUGAUGUUGUACUUAUUUUGUGAUUAAAAGAUAAAAGUCAA